UGUGUGUGCACAGGUGUGUGUUUGAGGUUGACUAGUUAACUGCUGGCCGUCUUGCCGAGCGCACAGUAACCAGAACGGACAGCGACUUUGUGUGUUUUUUUUUUUUUUUACUAAAUCAUCUUUACUUUUAUAUCGCAGUUUAUUGUAGGUGAUUAAAAAUGAAUGUGACGGAGUUUCAGCUGCCUCUGACUGAAUAUGAUUUCGAGCGUCAAUUUGAUGAGAGGCUUGCUAUUGAAUGGAUGCAGGACAACUGGAAAAAGUCGUUUUUGUUUGGUGCUGUGUAUGUAGUGCUCGUGUUUGGUGGUCAGCACUUCAUGAAGGAAAGACAAAAACUUGAUCUACGAAGAGUGUUACUGCUGUGGUCCCUCAGUUUGGCCAUCUUUAGUAUCAUUGGAGCGGUGAGAACUGGGUGCUUCAUGUUAUACAUUCUCAGAACCAAUGGUUUUAAACAGUCUGUUUGUGACCAGAGCUUCUACUACGGGCCGAUAAGCAAGUUCUGGGCUUGUGCGUUUGUGCUGAGCAAGGCCCCCGAGCUAGGGGACACCAUGUUUAUCGUCUUGCGCAAGCAGCGGCUGAUCUUCCUGCAUUGGUAUCAUCACAUUACCGUGCUGGUGUACUCCUGGUAUUCCUACAAAGACCAGGUCGCCGGUGGUGGCUGGUUCAUGACCAUGAAUUACAUCGUGCACGCGCUCAUGUACAGCUACUACACGGCUCGAGCUGCUGGUCUCCGUGUGCCGAAACCUUGUGCCAUCAUCAUCACUUCCUCCCAGAUUGCUCAGAUGGCCAUGGGCCUGGCAGUAAGUGCGCUAGUCUACCAAUGGAUGCAGGAUGGAGAUUGCCCUUCUUACAUAGAUAACAUAGUGUGGGCGUCACUCAUGUAUCUCAGCUAUCUGUUCCUCUUCUCUUCUUUCUUUUAUCAGUCUUACGUGAAGGGUUCAAAACCCACAAGCAUCAAAACUGACUGAUAUGCAGCCCUGAGGUUUAAAUGAGAUCGUAUUUCUGAUGGUUUACCUUGUUAAAAUGCAUAUUUAUUUAAUGUUUUAAAGCAAGGUGAACAAUGAAGAUGUGUAUAUUUUCAAACAACAGUUUGUAACGGACUGUAAAAGCUAUAUGUGAAAAGAACAAUAGAGUAGGGCAGUUAUUUGUAAAUUAUUUUCUAGUUGGUAGUAGCCGAGCAAGCGCAUCAAAUACAACUCUUGAUUUUGCUGUUGAUAACUUAAAUGCUUUUAAAGAACAACAUUUCUGGAGGGUGAUUUGAAUCGGUCUUAUUGGCCACAGUUUCUAAUAUACAAAAGUCCAUGUUUGUUUACUCUCUGCAGGCUUGAUAACAUGGCCCGAACCCAGCUGAAACGUAUGGUGUGUGUUGUAGUGAGAGCCAAGAUCCUUGUAAUCUAUGCUCAUAGUAAAAGAACAAGUGAGCAGUUUGUCAAAAGCUUUCUAAUCUAAAUGUACAACUCGACGCGUUUUAAUUUGGCCACCCAUUCUGUACAUGCUCUUCUGGGUGUGUUUUUAUUGCUGCAUAAUAGUUCAGUGUUUCCACCUCAUGAUGUCACAGAAACUUGAAUUAUCUGUGCUGACUGGUUGGACAGGUUCCCCGACAUUUAAAUGGGCCAUUUUUGGCUGGAAUUCUCUAGAAGGAUGACACCCAUGUUCUCGCUCUCAUUCUGUGCAUGUUUCUGUCAUGAGUUCACUGCAGCUCUCAUGCACCGAAGUUACAUUAUAUAAAACCAGCUGAGGAACGACUGAUAUUCUCUCAUUCACCUUUGAAUAACACAUGGGUAGAAUUGGAUUGAAAUGGUUCAUACCUGGUUUUAUGGUUGGACUGUGAACUGGAUUGGUGCUUAGCAGAACAGUUAACCUUUAACUUUCCCUAUAUUAGUUAAUUUAGUCAUUAGUUAAAUGUAUAGUUGUAUUUAUAUAUUUUAUAUCACAGUCACAUUUGGGACAUAGUUCAUUUUUAUGGUAGUGGGGAUAUUUCUUUUUUCCACUGAAAUGACUAUAAGGUUCCCAUCUUGAUCUUUUAAAGAAUGUUGUAUUAGCCUAUGUGAUCGUAGAGAAGAAUCCUUUGAGAAUAUUCAGUGGAAUUAUGCGCUCUAACUUGGUCUCAUCUGAAAUGUUGCUGCUACCGUCCAAGAAUUUUGUUGUUGUCUCUCCUAUCUGUUCCUGUUCAUGAUUAUGAGAUUAAGAGACUUUGUCUACCUUUUGUGUAGUUCAGUUUAAAGGAGAUUUUGAUUUAGAGAUUUUAUGACUUCGUCUUAAUAUGUUGACGAUUGAAGCCAAAUAAUUGCUUUGUUGCAUUAAGAGCAAAGUCUGAUGUUGUGGUAGCUUACAUUACAAGGCACAGUAUACAACUUCUGUAUUUUAAAAAUGAAGAAUGUAAUGUUAUUAUAAAGGUGCCGAAUGUAAAUAUUUAUCUUUUCUACCUGAACACCUGUACAAGUUCUUAGCUGAUAUGAAGAAAUUGUGUAUUUAUUUUUGUCAUUAAAUAAAACCGUUUCUAUACUUA